CUGGUAUGCAUUUCAUUGCAUUUCACCGUCUUUUUCGAUAGAAGAGCACAACUUGUCAAUUCAGCAGAGUUUCUCUUGUGCAAUGGAUGUGGAAGCUUCCCAUCUAGAGAUCAAUCCUGUUUCCCGAAGCGACUCCGUGCAAGCGGUCCUGCGUUGGCAUGAGCAAGGCCAGAAACGUUUGUCCAUAGGCCUGGAGUUGGAAUGUUUCCUGCCAGACCUGGGCGCCUUGGUCUGCGAUCGGCUUCUACCCAUUGAAGACCCGCAAGAGCUCUUCGCCCUCGUGGCCCACGCCCUCUCCGAGCGGCUCAGUGGCCGCUGCCGCGUGUCGGCCGACAGCCAGUCGGACUGGGGCCGCCUGUGGACCGCUACAGCAGACGGCUCCAUCGUGCCAGAGGGGAAGAAUCCAUUCCCGGUGGAGCUGGUCUCCAAGAGGAUGGGCUUUGAGGAAUUGGAUGUGACACUGUUUUGUGAUAUGACCCAUGCACUGCGGCAGCCACCCAUCAAGGCUCAAACCAAUGAAUCUACUGGCUUGCAUGUCCACAUCGGUCGCUAUCCUGGCUUCUUCUCUGUUGAGGAAGUUGGAGCAAUUCUCAAAGUCUAUUUGCGCUUUGAACCCGCAAUCAACAAGCUUCUUCUUCCGGUCACUAGGCAGCGCAACCGAUUCUGCCGGGACUUUCGAGAAGUGCUGGGACGUGCGCAAGGUCUCGGGGAAUGCGCUUCAGACGAGCAGCUUUUCUCGGUCAUUGAUUCUGCAGUAGCUGCCAUCAAGGGCAUGAGCCCAGAGAUUCGAGCUGCCUGCAUCAAUGGCUGUCGAAUCACUACCACGAAGGAGGCCUUGAUGCUCGCGUUGCUGGGGGAAGCUGGACUUUGGCGCUUAAAGAGGCCAAUCUUAACAUCAGAUGCGAAUGGGCAACAGCUGCUGCUGCCAGCAGGAAUGGCCCUGAAAGAGCUCUUUUCCACAGAUGGUCGUCGCCUUUGGAGACCUCCAACAUCUCAAGAGCUUCAAGCCUUGUGGGGCAAAGACGGUGAGGGUGGCCCAAAGGCUGGUUCAAGUGCUGAAGAGAGCUUGGCUGACCCACCAACACCGUGGACUGCACUGGAAGCACUGGAUGACCAGGCGCGGCUCCAGUGCAUCUUUCAGAAACCGGAUGAGAUUCCAGCGGCGAGUGUCGAUCACUGGUUGCUCCGAGAUGCCUUGAUUCUUGAGCGACAUGGCACCCGCUACUGCAAGCUGAACAUCAUGCGCAUUGCUCAAAGCAGCGACCGUGCCACCAUUGAGUUUCGACAAUUUCCAGGUGGCGACUUUAAUCAACCGCUCUUGAUUUGGGGAUGGGUGAAGUUCCUGGGGCUCUUAGUGACUCAUGCCUGUGCUUGUGUAGAUGGAGUCACCGAUCUUCCAUCCGAAGGCUCAGAGGAAGAGCUGAAGCGGUUUUUGAGACUACGUUCUGACUCCCUUUUGUUGGCCUGGUUCCGGGAUGUGCGAAAUCGCCUGCCUAAGCCGGAGAUCGCUUUGCAGAAGAUGAAAGACCGUUGGGAGAGACUUUGGCACCAGUGGGCCCACGAAGCGGAACAGAUCGAAUCCAAAUUCGAGCCGCGCUUUUCACAAUUGCUUUGCACUUGUAAAGCCUGGAGGCGUAUCUUUCAAGCAGCCUCCGGCAUGAAAGCCGUCUUUGCGCCAAGUGAUCCUGUGUGGAACCAAUUGACGCAGAGACGUGCAAGCUGUGAACGAUUUAUGCAAGAGCUGUACAAGGCCAUAGCUUCCAGACUGAAGCAUCACAUCAAACUCCUGGUUUCUGCAGAGGAGAUCAGUCGUACAUGUUCUCUUGACACUGUAGUUGAGGCCGUUUUGAAGGAUGGGCGCUUAAGACAGAGCAACGCCGAAAUUCGAGAUUUGCAAGCCGCUGUGACAGAGACUUUGGGAUGGGAGGCUUGUCCAAGCAGCUUGACCUCGAUCGUUUCAGACUUGGGGAAAAGGGGAGCAGAUCUCACCUUGGACUAUGCCAGCAACUUGCUUUUGCAACUUGAGAGAUCUUCAGCCUGGCCCCCAAACACCACCCGCACCACCAUCGACGACGCCGCCGCGCGGGGCAGCCUGGAGGACGGUCGGCUGGAACGAUGGAAAGCCGAGCCAGAGCAGGCAGAGCGAUUGCCUCGACUGUGGCGAACUUAUCAUGAGCUUUGUGUUUGGCUUCUCUUGCCACGGGUAGAUGAAGUGGUUCAUCUCUGGGCUGGCCUCGCUCGUCGCGGAUGGGAACCAGAGCGUGUGAGGCGUCUUUGGCCUCGCAUUUCGGGCUUUGGAGAUGCGGCUGUGAGGGAGAUAGUGUCAUCGUGGUUUGCUCGGCAUCGGGCAAAAAGGAGCGUCAUUCGCCUAGAUGUUUCAAGAGCCGGUGAAAAUGGAGGCGGCAGCGGAGGGGAGGUGCAGCGAUUGAAAGCCGAAGAAAACAGUGCAGAGCGGGAGUCCUUCGGACCGAAAGCGGUGCCCCAUGUUCCUGAACAGGCCUGA